AGGAUUUAGUGGCGAAUGGAUCGGAACGUGCAGUUGAUGACAUCCAAAUCUCAUCAAUCUCAGGUUUUGAAUAUGUUGAGCCUAAUGGAAAGGAUAUGGGAAUCAAUGUGCAAAAGAAGGUUGAAACCAUUUUGGCCCUCUCGAAUAGCAAGGAUAAAAUACAAGAAGUCAGAAACAAAGCUGCUGCAAACCGUGAUAAAAUUCAAAGAGUAUGCUGAGAUAGCUAAGACUUUGCCCGAAACUACUACCAAUGAGAACAAACUCAUUCUCUAUGGGCUUUACAAGCAAGCAACUGUUGGAGCCGCGAACACCAGCAGGCCUGGGAUGUUCAGUCCCAAGGACAGAGCUAAGUGGGAUGUAUGGAAGGCUGUUGAAGGGGUCAAGAUGAUAACUAUGGUCCUAUCCCUUCUUCUCAAACCUCGAGUGCACCCCCAAAUGAUACUGAGGAUGACUUUGAUGACUUCGACCCACGGGCAUCGUCCACUGCUGGAUUUUAAUCAAUUGUGCCUAAAUUUAGGCCUACAAGCACUUCAGCCUUUUGACGCCAAAAUGCUCCGGUGCUCUUAG